AUGAGUGAAGUUAAUUCUGAAGAGGAAAUAGAAGAGUAGCAUCCAACCAAAAUAACUGACACUUCUCCAAUCAAAAAAGGAGACUUCAUGACUUAUUCUCAAUUACAAAAGAAAAUCAAUAGUGUAAUACCGGAUGAGGAGACUGUCUCUUACAAUACAUCAGCUGUACAGAAUAGUCAACUUACUUAUUCAAUGAGCCAAUUCGAGAGGUCGAAUCUUGGUAAAAUCGAAGAAGUCAAUGAGAGUCAGCACUCCUUAUUUUCUUAAUUAUAACAAUCUCAUUUCAUUCCUGAUAACAAAGAAAGCCUCAAAAAAGAUCAAGAAAUCGAAACACUAAAGUAGUAAAAUGCUAAAUAAUAAAAAGACAUUGAAGAACUCUAGAUAGCUUUAUAGAAAUUGCAGGUCUGUUAAAAAGUUGAAAUCGAUGAAUUGCAUGAGUAACUAGAUGAAAAGGAUAAAAUUAUAUCCAGAUUACAAUAAUUCGAAGCCUACACUAAGGAACAACAGAAAAUGAUAGAGCAUAAAGAUAAGCAAUUGAAGGAUUUGAAAGAAUAAUAUGAAAUCAGAACCUACAAUUUGUAAUAGAUUAUUGAUGAUCAAACAGAAUCUAUUAAGACUUUGCAUAAAUAAAUCAAUCUAUCAAACAAUAACUCUUAUAUUGCUCAUUCACCCAAUUUGUUUGAAAAGAUUCGUCUCAAACAAUAGAACUUAAAGUCACAAUUUGAAGAACUGUCCAAAUUAUAUGAUGAAGCUAUAUCUGACACUCCACAAACACCAACCUCAUCAAAGAAAUAAAUUAUAACUAGAACACCUUCUAGAUCGAUACAUCUAAUUCAAUCCCCCUAGCAAUACAAUACUGAACCAAAACCAUCGUUAAUAUGA